AUGAUUACCGGCAUCGAAUGUGCCGGCCUUGCCUUGGCUAUUCUUCCCCUGUUUAUCGAGGUUGCCAAAGCCUAUUCGGACGGUGUUGAAACCAUUUUCAACAUAGUUAUCAAGAGUAGGUGGGAAGAACGCCUGGAGAGCUUCUACCUGGACUUUUAUAUACAGUUGUUUUAUGUCGAAGAAGUUAUGCAGAGGGUUCGAGAUGUCAUUUCUGCCAGUACCAACACCAUCCAGUUGAUCUCAGUCUGGUACAACGACCCAAAGUUCGAAGUUGCACUAAAGGGGUACUUCCGUUCGGAUGAGAGGUUUCGCAUAUUCACUGUAAUAUGCAAGAAGGUCCUGUUUUUAUUGGGUCAACUGGUCAAGGAUGAAACCAAUCGGAUAUACCAGAAAGAUCAGAAAUCACAAGUCAUGUUUGAGAAACUAAAAACUUUCGCAAACGCAAGAGACUCACGGAUAACUAAGAGCUCUUUCGCCAGCAGAUUCUCAUUCUUCAAACAUGAGAAGAAACGCACAGAAUGCCUUACGAGACUCAAAGAGUAUGUUGAGCAUUUGAGAGACGUCACUGGUCAAGAUCAUGAAUCUAGCAGAAACAACAACGCUGGCCAAUACGUUCAACAAAAGGAAAAUCAAGAUUACAACACGCCUUCUAUAAGUAGUCAAAAUAAUCUGAAGACCUUGGAUACACUUUGCGACGCUUUCUCUCCGGACCUUGAUGGUUUCAGCAUUGCGUUCAUACUGGAGGCUUCACAGGGCCAUGAUCUCAUGAGACGCCUUCAAUGCAAGCCCCGGCGAUUGCGCUUCUUUGAACUGUCCCCACCUAUCUCUUUGGGGGAGCUACUCGAAGGACCGACGAAGCUCGACCCCAUAGAGAAACGAAGACUUGCCCUCAUCUUUGCAGAGUCUCUCCUUCUAUACCAUGGUAGCGACUGGCUGCAACCUGGAUGGGUGAAAGACGAUAUCUACUUCUUUUUCAAGACCGAAGAUGAACCAGAUCUCAAGACACCAUUCCUCUCCGCCCGUCUCAACGUCCCAGGGUCAGGUCAAUUCCUUGCAGGGAGUAUGGCUUACCACGCCAACCCGAGCAUCCUAGCUCUGGGAGUUUUACUAAUAGAGAUAUUUAAUGAGAGAGCAAUUGAGAAAUGGAAGACGGCCAAGGAACGAUCCAAUUCGAACACGGCAACUUUACAGAUAGUUGCUGAUAGGAUUGUCAAUAAGAUGGAUAGUUCUGGUUCGACGAAAGCUAUCCAGGCAUGCUUGUCUUUGGACUGGAUCCCAGCUGGUAGAUCAGCAGGACUUGACGGUGCAGACACAAGGACAGGGUUUCUGAAGAAUGUGAUAUGGCCAAUUAAGCAGGAACUUCAGUGCUUGAGUGCAAACAAAAUCUUUUAG